UCCAUAUAUAUCAUACCCCAUCAUAUCUCCCUUCCAUUCUCACAUUAUUGCCAAAAUGGGAAAGAGAGAAGGCGUUACUGGUGUGGUGUUUGAGGAUCAUUUUCCGACGAUGGUCGAGAAGCUGGGAGCGGAGGGGUUUAUGAACGAGCUGUGUAAAGGGUUUGAGGUGCUCAUGGAUUCUCACAAACAGCUCAUCACAUUCCACAGCUUGAAGAAGAAUGCUGCCGUCUUGGGUUUGCAGGUCGACGAUGAUGAUAUGCUCCGGUGUAUGUUGAAGGAAGGGGAUUUGGACGGCGAUGGAUGUCUCGAUCAGAUGGAAUUUUGUGUUUUGAUGUUUAGAUUGAGUCCUAAUCUCAUGAAUCGAGCCACCAAUAUCUUGUUUCAAGACUUUCAGUAACUAAGGAUUUUUUUUUUCCCCCCUUAAUUUUUUGGAUUCUUGCUUUUAUGUAAGUUCAUUUAUCUGUUAAAUUCAGUACUCGUGUAUUU